GUUUCUACGAGGUUACCUAUGCGAAGUUUUUUUCGUAUACAUUGAACGAGCCUGUGUCGAGCCUUCCACGGUUCUCUGCAUCGGUAAAACAAUGUCGAGGAUUCUCCAGUAUCCGUUGAUAAUUAGACUUGAAAUUUUCGACACGUAUUAGUGGAGACACGAGAAAAUGGGAAGUUACGCGAGCAGAAUUGCGUCGCUGUCAAACAAUGCAGUGCAUUCCGUGUAUCGUAGUCGUAAACGAAAAUGCAUUGAGGAGGAUGACUUUGACUCUGAAUCAGAUUACAUCGAUCGCACACUACAAACGCCGAAAAAAAGAAAAUUACUGACAACCGCACAGUACAUAUAUAAAACAUUAUUUCAAGAAGAAAAAGGCAGUGAUAUAACUGUGCUCAUGUUAGGGAAAGCAUGGAGAUUGCACAAAGUUUAUAUGUGCCAGAGUCCAUAUUUUGCAAGUAUGUUCUCAGGAUCGUGGAGAGAAACAAAUGAGACAGUUAUCAGUGUAGAAAUUGCUGAUCCUAACAUCACACUGGAUUCUCUUUUGACAGUCUUUGGUUCCUUUUACCAGGAUGAAGUCAGUUUGGAACCUAAAGAUGUUAUAUCAAUUCUGGCCACCUCUACCUUAUUUCAGUUGCAAGGAUUAAUUGACCAAUGCACAGAUAUCAUGGUGGAGACUACAAAUAUAAAGACUGUUGUUCCUUAUUACAAUGCUGCUGUGUCGUACGGUGUACCAGUAGUGAAAGCAGCAGCAAAACGGUGGUUGGAAGUUAAUCUUUUGGGCUACGGAUGGCUGCAUUUAAGUUUUUUAAAAGAAAUCACGCCAGACCUAAUGGCUGAGUUAAUUGCUAGUCCUGACUUAAUUGCUAUGCAAACUGAGUUUUGCAUAUACAUGAUGUUACGAGUAUGGUUAUUUGUUCAUGUGCACAAUAAAGAAGAAACACUGCAAAUUGAUGAAUACUUUAGAAAUCAUAAAUGGACAAAACCAUUCCUAACAACCGAGGAAGGGAAAGAAUUUGCAGCACCUUUCAAAGCUUUGCGAAUGAAGUACCUUUUGUUACAUGACCAGGAUGUUAAAAUUUUAUACAGUGACAAUUUAAUACCACACGAAUGGUUGCAUGAUGCGUACAAGGAGCAGUGGUUACAUUUAUUAAGAAUAGACGCGAAUAAAGAUCGAGGACCAAAACAAAUGAGCGAAGAGGAAUUCGCCCGUGAAUGUUUUCGUUGCGGAAGGUGUAUUGAAAAGGUCGGCGAGCAUAUUUGGAGAUGGACAGCAUUUCAUUUUGGGCUAGAUUUGGUUGUAUGUUUGGAUAGCACUACUCUGAGGAUCAAAAGGAAUCACAGGCUGGAUACGGACCACAUUAAAGCCAAUCAUAGCAAACACAAUAUAAUUCUAAAAGUAAGUUUAAUUUCAUUGGAUGAGCAACGCCAGGAGAAACGUAUUCAGAGCUCUGGUAUGCUUAGGUUAUCACUUCAUAAAAAUGAAGAAAAACAAGUGAUGUCUUUGGAUAAAGAACUUACUUAUCCGUUGUAUAUAUCGGUCAACAUGCAAGUGGCGACACCGUUUGUAUCUACAGAAGAGGAAAAAUCAGCCGACAUAGUCAUAUUUUCGGAUACUUAGCAAUCCGAAAGUUCAAAGACGACAGGCCUCGACGAGUGUACGCUUGUUUCAGAUAUUGAUUCACCUGCUCUGAUUUUAUAAUACUUCGAUACGAUUAAUGGUCAUCCAGAACUAUUGGGAUAAUAAUCUGUUUAAUGUAAAUUUUGUCAUUCGCUCAUAUAACAUUUAUAUUCGGGAGACCAAUUUCUGAUUAAAACAUCUACAAACUCCAGAUCUAGUGGACUGAAUACACUUAUGGCAUUAGUACGAGGCAAAUUUUGUAUGUGCUAUCGGUACUCUUGGACUAGUGCAAAUUUAGAGAUUUAUUUUUGUAAUGUAAAUUCCAAUACGUACUAUUCAUAGAAUAGUACAAAUAUUGUUUCCAAAUUUUUGAAGACUUUAACCGUUAUUAGAUGAUUCAGCAAGAAGAGAAAGACACAAAGGAACUUAAUUUCAAUCCACAGUCAGGUUCGGAAAAUAAGUGUGACAUAUUAAACGCCACAGUAUUAAAGCCAUUUGAUUUCGUUGUCUUUUAUGCAUUUAAAUAUUUAUAUGGCAAGUAUAAUACUAAUCAGUUGGAUCACUUAACAAAUUCAUACUUUCUCAUCGAUGAAGGACUUCUAACAGUGAAUUCGUAGACACGCUUAAUCGAGUGAUUCUGCGUCUUCCGGCCAGCCAUCGAAACGUCGACCUUCGUGCCUUGUGAAUAUCAAUCGAAAAAACGAAUGUCCUGUGUAAACAAGAAAUUGUUUCUUUUUUCUUAACGGUUAAACAGUAUCGAUUUUUAUAUGGUGCUUUUAAUUUUAGAAAGCAAUUACCGCACGAUUGAAACGUUUACAACCGAGUAACGCAUACUAACGUUCUUCGAUUUCGUGACCAAUGUAUUCUGUGUGGUGCUAUCAUUUGAUAAGUAAACAAUUUUACUUAAAAUGUAACGAUUAUAAUAUAAGAACUUACUUCACUUAGCGAUUAAAUCUUUUCUACAUUUAAUGAGCGCUCUUAAUUUCAAAUUAACAUAU